AACGCCCACUCGAGCACCUGAAGGCACCAUCGCCGCCAAGAGCAGAGCAGAUCGGAGAGAGGCGAUGGCGGCCUGCAAAGAUAGGCUGGUCAAGACUGUCCCCGUCUAACCCGAACGUGCCAGUGUAGCUGGAUCCAUGCACAUAGACGGUGGGGAACAAUCUCGGAUAGCUUUAGGUGGUUUCUGCCGUUUUGGGAAUCAUGGAGGACGACUGUGUGUGUGAUUACGACUCGACCUGGGACACGGAGAGUGAUGGAGAGGACACGACCGGAGAUGGUCAACCUCGUCGGUCCAACCAGGACAAAAACAAAUGUAGUUGGACUUUGGUAUCGUGGCAUCACACGCCCAGAAACAUGAGGGCAGCAAAGGACAUGCAGAAUUACAGAAGAGGAUACCCUAAUCUUGCAGACGACGAGUGCUCGGAGGACAAAAUGAACAACUUGCAGUUCUACCUCAAUAAAUUUCCCUCUGCACCAGAUGAUGUCUACAUUGAGUCCUUCCUCAAAGAAUGGAAAAAUGACUACAAAAGGCUGGAGAGAGUUCACUCAUACAUUCAGUGGCUGUUCCCACUCCGCGAACCAGGGGUAAACUACAUGGCUUCUGAACUCACCAAGAAGGAAAUUGAGGCAUUUAAGUGUAAUGAGGAUGCCAAAAAGAGGCUGGUGGAGUCCUAUGAACUCAUGUUGGGCUUCUACGGCAUGCGCCUAGUUAACAAAGAGACCGGUGAGGUGACACGAGCAGACAAUUGGAAAGAGCGCUUUGGGAACCUUGAGCGGAACAUGCACAACAACCUGCGCAUCACUCGCAUCCUGAAGAGCCUGGGGGAGCUGGGUUUUGAGCACUAUCAGGCACCGCUCGUGCGCUUCUUUCUUGAGGAGACUCUGAUCAAGAAGAACCUCACCAGUGUUAAACGCAGUGUACUCGACUACUUUCUGUUUGCGGUUCUGGAUAAACAAAAACGCCAGGAGUUGGUGCGCUUCGCCUACCUUCACUUUGAACCAAAGGAUAAAUUUGUGUGGUGUCCCAGGAAGAUUCAGAAGCAGUUCAGGAAGGCAGAGAAACAAUCAGAAGCUGUUGGCAAUGGAGACUGUCGGGAUGACGUCUAUUCAAGGGCUAAAAGCAAAGAUGGAGAAAAGGGGGUUCACCUAAAAGAGGAGGAACUGGACAAUUCAGAAAAGGCACAGAAAGAAACUGAAACACGUAAAGACAAAAUCAAACAAUCUGAGUCAACGUCUCAUCCCAAAGCAGAUAAAAUGACUGUUGGAAAUGGGACCAAUAGUCAACCAGAGACCAAUAACAGUUUAGGGAACAGCAACGAGUCUGCUGAUGAUGUUGAUGAAAUGGAUCAAUCGCCCACUCCAGACACUGUGACUGUAAAAACUGAGCCAACUUAUAUCGAGUUUAAAUCUACAAACAGUUCACAGGACACCAUUCACGAACCCAACAAUGUCAUGCAAAUGGAUGAAGAUGCGGGCAUAGAGGAGCCUCCGAAGAAGAAGAGAGAAGAGAGCGUGACGAUGCAGAGCAACGGCAUCUCAGCUGGAGAUGUGGGCACCGGCCAGGCAGAGGGGAAGGCUGGUGGCAACGCAGCCUCUGGCCAAAUAAGCUCGCCUGCUCAAACACCUCUUAAGACUUCAAAACAUUCACCCUGUCUGUCAUCGGGGAGGGAAGAGAAGAUCCCAAGGACUGAUUUUACUCAAGUGCCAGAUAAAGAUGACAAAGUGUCAGAGGCAAACGGGAGCAGUCAUAAAAAAGGGGACGAACAGACAACUGAGAAGUCUGAGGACAUAGACAUGGAGUCAAACCCCUCUAGUGUAGACCCCAACGUGGGUAACACAUGAAUAGUUCCUGUAUUACCUCAGCCCUACUCCAGUGCUUUUCAGUCUAAAUGGUUCUCUCCUAACAAGAGUUAUUGGUAUUGUUCAGUUUUGAGGAAGAACAAUUGCUGUCCAUUACUUUUCUUGGAGUUGUAGUAUUCUACACACAUCAGUGUUCUAUCUAGAGAUUGACACUUUGUUGAAUUGUUGCCCGAAAAAUUAGCAAUUUGCAACCAACUGAAAAAUACCUGCCAAUUUAUCAAUCAAUACUUUGCAUUGUUAAUUUAGAAAAGGCAGACUCAUUAGAGUCUAAUUAUAUGGCGAGUGACAUUUAAACUUAUACACAAUGAAAUCACAAGCUAAAGUAGUGACUGAUGAAGAAUUUUUAUUUUGUUUCUAUAUUGUAGGUUAUGAUUUUCAUUUGAAGGAAUACUAUAAAUUGACUCUUUACUUUUGUCUGCAACUCCCUCACGGAAAAAAAUUAUAUUAUGAUUCACAUUUAAUUCCUCUAUUGGAUCCAGAAAUCACUAUUGUGAAAUUAAAUGAAGUGCUGUUUUUUUUUUGUUAACUGUCAAUCAGUACUUUCGCAAGAAUAUGUUGUUUUGCACUGAAGAAUGAUUUUGAAAGGUUUUUGUUUCCCUUUGCGGGCUGUCUUUGUGUUCAUGCUGGACUCAUUGUCACAAAAGGUGUCUUUUCAGUGAUGUUGCUUUCGCACGACUGGGAAAUCGACUUUUGGACAUCAGAAAGCCUUGCCAAAAAUGUGAUAGACUGCUUGAUUGUAUUUAAAAUAAUUUUUUUGUCCUUGCGUCACAUUUGUGAAGCCAAGGGGCUUGUUUUUUUGUUUUUUUUCUUUCCUCAACACUUGCACUUAAUUUUAAAUAUGAACUGCCUGAUUUAAAGUUAAGAUGCUUCAGUUCUUUGUAUGUGACCUUGCUUCCAAUUGAAGACCUGGUUGUUUAAAAGCAGAAUAAAGAUAUUUUCUGACACUUGGA